CAAAUAUUAAAAUAGCACUAAAGAAAAAAGAAAAAUGGGCAGCGAGAAUGAGAUCCCACUUUUGGAUUUUCGCACGGUAAAUGGAGUGACAUUAGAAGAAGGGGGUGAAAGGUGGAAAGAAAUGAGCAAGAAAGUGAUAGAAGCAUUUGAGAGUCAUGGUUGUUUCUUUUUGCUAUCUGAUCAAAUUCCAAAUAAUUUACGUGAACAAAUGUUCACGGACAUGAAAUCAUUGUUCGAACUACCUGAAGAGACCAAAAAGAAGUUCGCUGGUGCAAAGGCUUAUAGAGGCUAUACAGCUAAUAGUCACGUCAUUCCCCAUUGUCAAAGCUUUGGGAUUGAUGAUGCUCUUAAACCAGAUACAACUGAAAAAUUCACUAAUCUCAUGUGGCCUCAAGGAAAUCCAAUUUUUUGGUAA